GCCCAGGAGGUCUUGAAGAAAGUGCUACAGAAGCACAACCACCAAAGAGAGAAGCGGGAGUUCGUGACGCCCCACAAGACUGCACCAGCACCUCCAUCGAAGAAGAAAGGACAGGUCAAGGAACAACUGCUUCAGCGACGCAAAGAGAAAUCCUCGAAAGCGAAGGUGAACGCCAAUACCAGCUCCCUGGAUGAUGCCGUGGCCUCCAAGUGGAUUGACCCAAUUGCAGACUUGGGUGAGGACAUUGGCGGGGCCAUUGCAGAUGGCACCGGUUUGGUUGGCGAUGCUUUAGGGGAUGCUUAUGAGUCCGCGGCAGACCAAGUCUCCUUCGUCGCAAACACGGUCAUUGACUCCGUGGAGCUGGCAGUUGACAUUCUGAUCCGAGGUUUCACAGACUGGAAUGCUGGAUGUGAUGAGAGCAGCUGGCCAUCCAUGAGGAUCGAUUCGCGCGGGCUCAACGUGAAUUGGGGACGACAGAAAUGUUGGAUCCGCCUCAUGGGGCAGACCGUCCAGCUCUUCGAUUUCAACUUUGGAACGACGGAUCUCAGCUGGCCAGAGCCCAUUAAGACCGUGGCGGACUUCGGCGUGAGCGCCGCCAAGGCCCUCUUCACCAUGGGCAAGGAGAUCGUGAAUUGCGUUACAAGCGGCGGCGUUCUGGAUGUUUUCAAAUGCUUCGGCAACAAGCUGAUCCAGUAUGUCCCGCCGCUGAACUUCCUCAACCGUGUGCCCGACGUUCUCAGUGAGUUCAUCCUUGUCUUUGCAAAGGUCGCUUCCGCUGUUGUCAAGCAGGUCUUACAUGAUGGCCAGUCCUUGGUGCAAGAGGCCGUGACCUCGGAGUUUCCGGCGGCAGGCGAGAAGCCCAUGGUGCACCAUUCGGGUCAACAUCUGAUCAUCCAGACUCACUCACAGCGCCGGCCUGCAGAGGAGCGCCCUGAGAUGUCCUCGCUACAGGAGACUGCUGAGAUCCGGGAUGGCCCAACCGGCCCUAAACAGGUCGUCAACUUCAAGGUCAGUGCCAUUGAUGCCAACUACCAGACGAAGCUCAUCACCCAGUUUCAAGGCAAGGAGGUGGAUACUUCCUCGUGCUUGGCUUUCGCGCCCAAGAACAAGACGGGCACGAACAACCAGGCGACAAAGCAGGACUGGCAGGUCGGGAAAGAAGAGGAUUUCAUCAAGCUGGAACCAUGGGCUGUUCCCUGCAGCCAAGUUUGGAUGAAGAAGAAUUGGGACAAGUGGCAGGGCUACACUUUCUACAGUUGGGAGGUGCCACUUGAGAAGUGCGUCACUGUGACAUAUUCUCUGUCCAUGCAGCCGGUGAUUGCCUUCGUAGGUGGCUUACAAUUUGACUUGAUGCCG